AUGCCGUCAUUUCCAAUGGUGUGGAGGCGCUUCCUUUGCACCCACACAUCUGACUUCUCUUUCUUCAACCAAAAACCCGCCGCCAUUAUCCAUCCUCAAUGGCCUGUAAAACAGGUCACCAGGUUCAACUUCCAUUUGUUCCCGAGGGAUGAACUGAAAACAGGGAUGCCCUGUUACAGUUUUUCAUGUCAACCAUCGUAUUUAGCUUCAAUGGAUCAAGAUGAUUUUGACUUCAAUCUCUACAUAUAUGAUGGUAACCCCCAUCUCUUCUUCUUCCUCAAAACGGUCCGAUUUCUGAUCAACAUGCUUCUAUCUAAGCCCGCUUUUCUUUUACUCUCCCCUUUAAGGUUAUUUUUUGUCUCUGAGAAACUUGUAAUUGGUGUAGGCUAUGACUGCAAUCCCAUGGUUUUUGCAGCAGAUGGAAUAGGAUCAUGGAGCUUUGUGAGGUUCCUUGAUGAAAAAAGUCAGCAUCUUCUACUGCAAGAUAGGGCUCACAGCAACAAUCUUUCCAAUUUCCAGGUCUCGAGCUCUGUACACGCUGCUCUGACAGAAACAUUUGGGAAGUUCUAUGGAAGCUCAAAACAGGGAACCAGCAAUGAUAAAUCUCGUGGUGGUGUUCAUGACAACUGCAUCAAUUGCAUUGUGCCUUUCAAGACAUCAUCAGGGAGUAACAAAAUGACAAGCUUUAGCACUUCAGGACUAGAUGGAAAAGUUGUGAUAUUUUUCAAGCUUCAAUCUGGAGGACACAUCAACAAAAUACCUUGCACUGUUUCUGGCCAGUUCACAGGUAGAGGAAAAAAAAUGUUAAUUAUAUGGAAGUGGAUGCACUUCAUUAUGUCCUGCUCUUGCAUGAUUUCUGAGCUUUCAAUGGGGAAGAGUGAGGGGGUAUUUUGGAGAAUGGACACUUCUUGCAUGUGGAGCUUGUGGUCAGUUUGUUCACAUGAAAACCAACAAACACUGCCCCAAGUACAGAGAAAAUUCCAACAUCAAAACACUUGGAGAAAUAAAGUUGAUCUUGCAUCGGGAGAUAUACGUGUUGCAAAGUGUAUCAAGUCUGACUACCCAUGUGUCCCAUUGGAGGAAGCUCAAGGAAAUAUAGAUACUGUGAGCAAGUUCAUAGAUUUAGAGUCCUUGGGUGGUGUUAUUAAGGAAGAGUGGAGACAAGGGCUUUAA